CUCAAAUGAUCCAAUCAGUCCAUCCAUCCAUCCAUCGGGCCAUCCAUCCCAUCAGUCUGUCUUCGACUCAUUGGCCUCCUUUUUCUGCACUCGCUGCUGCCAGGUGCUGCUCUGCGCUAUGUUGAUCAUCAAACAGUCUGCCGUCGCCAACACGUUCUUGGUCUGCGGCCCGUCAGCAUCGCCGAUGAUCUCUGCCUCCAUGAAGAUUUUGCGGCCCUCCUGUUUGACCAGCUUGACCACCACCACUAUCACCUCACCCGCCAAAAUGGGCUUCUUGUAGUUGACAGUCAGCUGACACACACCCACACACGAAACGAUGCUCGCUCUUGCGGGGGCAGGAUCUGAUUGUGUGUGGGGGGCUCACCCACCUGUGCUGUCGCGGCCGAGGGCGUGUUCGCAAAGGCAAGCAUCCUGAAAGAGGGCAGCAUGACAAAUCACAUGCCUGACAGGCGCUUGCUUGGUUCUCACACCACUCACGUGUGUGCGUACCGUACCCGAAUGCAUUGUCCAGGAGGGCGCUUGUGAACCCGCCGUGGACCACCCCGCGGUGCCCACACACGUUGGUGCCCGUCUGGCACACAACGGUCAGCCUCUCCUUGGAAGGAUCCAAAAAGUACCUUAGCAACCUGAUGCCUGAAUCACAUUCGACAUUACACCAGCCUCACAGGUGGGUGUCACCAGGAAACGGCGGCCGCCAUCGAGCUGACCUUCGACGGCGACGAGUGUGUCAUGGAUGAGCUGAUAGCCGUCUUCGCGAGGCGGGAAGUGGUGCUCCAUCAACGUCCCGUUGGGAAGAUGCCUCAGCGUCCAGUUAGGAAGGCCCUCUGGCGCCUCAUGCCGCACCGUCACGUGUGGAAAGGCAUGCCGCACCGCCUCAUCCACUGUGUGCGCCUCGUCGCCACUUGUUGAUGGUGGCCGAUGAAUCGGGUGCGGGUGCGGGGAGGGCGAGGGCGUGGCUGUCGUGCUGCGGACCUCACUGGACGGCACAGAGCGAUAGAUGGGAGCUGGGCUGCCGCCUCCCUCUCCCCUGUCGACGCCAAUAGCCUCAGCAAAGCCCACAGAGGUCGGCGACUCAUGGCAGAGGUGGGGCUUGCGUGGUGAAGGGUAAAAGAGGAUCAGAGAUGCUGCGGCGCUGCCAACGAUGCUGACGCAGGAGAGCCGCUGCCACGUGUGCCUCCACAUGAUGAGAUCAACAGCUGCAUUCACAGGACGCGCUUCCUCAGCUCAUCUUGAUGAGCUAUUCGGCAAUGAAAAUGAAAGAUCGGUGUAGAUGCCGCCUCUGCAGCUCGUAGGCCUGGCGUAACGGCGCAUACACCUCUUAGCGUCCGUUCUCC